CAUAAGCUCUUGAUUAGCAAGUUAAGUAUAUAUUAAAGGUAAUUUCCCAGUCAAAUUCAAUCAUUAUUUUGUUAACUGUCUUAAUUGACCUCUGAGAUCCAGAAAUCAUGUAAAUGGUCCAACAGACAAACCAAAUUGCUUUAACCGUCAUUCUCAAAGCCCACUUAAGUUGCACAUUUAUGUAUCUAUUAAUUAGUACUAUUAUAAUAGAUCACGUAGUUCAUCCGUAGUUCAUUUUGAGCCCUGUGCAAGAAUAAAACAUGUUUCGUCAAAUAAUCUUAUAAUUGUGUGUCUCAAUCUGCACAACUACAGUGUAAUUGUCAGCUCAGCGGUUCAGCCACCUGGAGACUGUGAUUAAAACUCCCAGGUUUGAGUCCGCUACCCAUAAAUAGCUCUGCGUGAUAAAACCAGUUAGUUUGGACGAAGGAGAGAUGGAAGUGGUACUUGUCCUCCUGGCUGUCGUUGCAGCUGUGUCUGGGUGUGGCGUACCCAGCCAGCAGCCCAACACCGGCCGCGUGGUGAAUGGGGAAGAGGCCCGUCCCUACAGCUGGCCAUGGCAGGUUUCUCUGGAGUCUUUCUUCCCCACUUGUGGAGGAACGCUUAUUGCUCCUAACUGGGUCCUGACUGCUGCACACUGCAUCACAUUCCACACCUACAGGGUUGUUCUUGCUGAGCACAACAUGAACAAGGAGGAGGGCCCUGAACAGUUCAUUAAUGUGGGAAAGAUGUUCAUCCAUCCCAAAUGGAACGACAACUGCGUGUCUUGUGGGAAUGACAUCGCUUUGCUUAAACUGGAGAAGAACGCCGUCCUCAAUGACAAAGUCCAGCCGGCCUGCCUGCCUCAGCACGGCGCCACCCUCGCCCACAACCAGCCCUGCUACGUCACAGGCUGGGGUCGUCUCCACUCCGGCGGUCCUCGGGCGACCACGCUGCAGCAGGUCCUACUUCCCGCGGUGGAUCACGCCACCUGCAGUCAAAGUGACUGGUGGGGCAGCUCGGCAAAAACCACCAUGGUCUGCGCGGGGGGAGCGAGCAAGUCAGCGUGCCACGGCGACUCCGGAGGCCCUCUGAACUGCGAGGGCGGAGACGGCAGGUGGUACGUGCAAGGCGUGACGAGUUUCGUGGACGGGCGCGGCUGCAACACCACCCGGAGGCCCACGGUCUUCACCCGAGUGGCCUCGUUCAUCCCCUGGAUCGGCGAGACCGUGGCCCAAAACUGAAGACGACCGGACAAUAAAACUGAAUAACCUCA